AUGUUAUACCCGCACUGCCGCUGCCAUUCGUUCAACCUGCGCUGGACGUUGGUAGCCCGACCAAUCUUCAACAGAAUCUUCUUCUUCGCGGCGGUUUCGGGGGGCGCAUCCGCGGGAAUCAACGCGGCAUGGUUCUUCUUCUGCGAAGAUGUCGGACGCGCAGAAGGAGGCCUGGCCGAACUUGGUCUUGAGGGCUUGUUCCCGCUCGGCCUAUAA